AACACCUCCAGCUCAGUGAAUGGAGAUGCCAUCUACACCCGCCUGUGUGUGUUGACAGUGAACAUUUUGUCACCUGCUUCCCAACAAAGCAGGAGGCCAGGGGAGGAAGAGGAGGGGGCGGGGGAGGAGGCGGUGAGCACUGUUCAGUAGUUUCCUAGUCGUCAUGACGACCUCACACCCCACCAUCUCCAGAGCUGUCUAGCUGUUGCCACGGUGACCCGAUCCUGUUCCAUCUCGGCUCUCCUUGAUGAUCCGGAUUGGGCUGAUAAAGGAGAGUGAUUCCAGAGCUCCGUUCCCUUUUCUCACAGAUGGGACAGCGGAUCACACGCAGGGACGUGGUUCAGAGACGCGGCGUGCUGGGAAUGCUGUGGGAGUAACACUGGAGCGUUGCCUGGAAACAGCAGCAUGCCAAUACAACAGAUAACUGUGGUUCCGGCCAGGGAGACAGGCAGCAACGGCAAGAGUGCUCCUCGCUCCAAAGACAAGAACGAGGGGAAGAAAGCCCCUGGGCGCUCUGGGAGUCGAUCAAGCAACAUCUCCAAGGCCAGCAACUCUACAACCGGACUAACUACAACUUCAAGGACAUCAAUCACCCCAUCUUCCCAGGACAUAUGCAGCACUGGCCAACUGACCCGCUUAGAGGAGGAUGCUUCUGAGUCACACAAAACUAGCAAGCGCACACACACAGCUGUAAUGACAGUCACGAGCACAACUCUGGGUUCAUCGGCUCAGGCCCAGAAGAAGCAGGUGAAGCGCCGUCACCGCCGCAAGAGGAACAGCUGCACCACCUUGGACUGCGUGGAAACCAACGCCAAACAGGAGCAGACGGACCGCAGCGACCGCAGCCUCAGCUCAGACCGCAGCGAGAGGGGAGAGAAGAGGCACCGCUCCUUCAAGAACCGGAGGGAGCUCCCACCCCGCCUCCGCUGCUCAGGUGCCGCCAACUCAGACUCCACCUCUGAGGACGAGGCGAAGCGCGAAGCCCGCAGCUGGAGCAAAGAGAAAGCCCGAAGAGCGCGCCGCCGCAGCGGAAGCAAGGGAAGGGAAGACAAAGGGGACAUGGAGCUGCAGUCAGUGGGCUCGGAUGAAGGGAAGGAGAGCCAGCCUCUGGUGGAAGACAGCGGAGGGCUUAAGAAGCGGCACGGUGGCAGGGGCUCAAAGAGAGACGGCCACGCGUCACAGAGGGAAGGAUCACAGAGCAGAGAGAAGGAGAAGAGCUGCAGAGGCCACAAGUCACACAGCCCGGGGGGCAGCUCCUCACUGGCAGAGGACGGCGAGGAGCUCAUCACCAAACGAUACCAGGAAAAAGGGUCAGGGAGCGGGGACAUGUCUGUGCCCACGCCGCGUUCACACUGCGGUGUGAACGGUGGAAUGCCCCAGCACUGCUCUGAUGACUCUGAGCUGGAGGUCUGCAGGAUCUGCCACUGUGAGGGGGAUGAAGAUUGCCCGCUGAUUAUGCCUUGUCGCUGCACGGGGAGUCUGAGUUUCGUCCAUCAGGCCUGUCUCAACCAGUGGAUCAAAUCCUCAGAUACUCGCUGCUGUGAACUCUGCAAAUUCGACUUCAUUAUGGAGACAAAGCUCAAACCUUUACGGAAGUGGGAGAGGCUACACAUGACGAAGAGUGAGAGGAGAAAGAUCUUCUGUUCAGUUUUGUUUCACCUGAUAGCAAUAGUCUGUAUGUUGUGGUCAGUCUACAUUCUGGUCAAGAGAACUACUGAAGAGAUCAGACUCGGGAAGAACGACGAAUUAUGGAGAUUUACUCUUCUGAAGUACUAUGAGCCGAACGGUAUACUGGAGUGGCCCUUCUGGACCAAGCUGAUUGUGGUGGCCAUAGGCUUCACAGGCGGCCUCAUCUUCAUGUACAUCCAGUGUAAGGUCUACCUGCAGCUGUGGCGCCGCCUCAAGGCCUUCAACCGCAUCAUCACUGUGCAGAACUGCCCCGAGAAAAACCUGCACAACUCUCAGGCCCAGCCCAACGGCAGGCAUGAAACGCUGGAGGUUCCCGUCAGCCCGGCCCCGGCCCCAGCCCCGGCUCCGGCUCCAGAGCCACAGAUGGACUCAGACAUGUCAGUGGAGGAUGCGGUGGCGCCCGUACAAAACCCCGUCUGACUGAUUCUCCUCCCGCUCAGAGUCCUGAGUCACACCCUGCUCAUGCAACAACACAAGCUGGCGUGAGCACAGUGUGAGUCAGACUCGUAGUGUUUUAGUGUGUUGUUCCUCUCAGCUCCUGUGAUUACUGAUCUUUUGAGACACAAUGGACGGAUUCACAGCGAAAGUGCCAAUCCAGUCCGUCAGUGAUCGAGGAAAGUUUUAAAUGUUAAAGGGCUGCAGUGAAGCGAAGGUGCAGAGUGACGAAGAGCAGGCAAAGAGCGAGGAGAUGAAACGGAAAAUAAAGCCAUCAGCAAAGAGAA